UAAGCUUUUUAUUCCUUUUUUGGUUAUACAGAUGAAACUACAUUCUGCAUCUCCUGGAAAAAUUGUUUGUGAAAUGAAGGUGGAGGAGGAACAUACAAACAGAGGUGGCACGUUGCAUGGAGGUUUGACGGCCACGCUUGUGGAUGUGGUGUCAACAGCAGCGUUGCUGUACACAGAAAGAGCAGUGCCUGGGGUCAGUGUGGACAUGAACAUCACAUACACCUCUGCUGCUAAGAUUGGAGAAGAGAUACUGAUUACAGCUCAGAUUUUGAAGCAAGGAAGAAAUAUUGCAUUUGCCAGCGUGGAUUUAACAAAUAAGGCGACAGGAAAGUUAAUUGCACAAGGUAGACACACCAAGUACCUAGGAAAUUAAUAGAAGCAAUCUCAGAAACUGCCAUGUUAGGCUUAAGAAUCCCAUAUAGAAUGAUUUUCUCAUUUACGCACUAAGAUAUCAUCUGCACAGGGUUGUGAUAGGGCUUCUGUAUAAAAGUGACUUAGUCUCACUUCCAUAAUAAAUGAACAAAUUUCUUAAUUACCACCAGUAUUGCUACA